GUCGAUUGUAAAUAGAAAAAAAUUACGUCACGGUGUAGACGCCAUACGCUUUAACAGUUUUGCUAUACAUUUCGUGUAAUCGGUUUCCAAAUUCUUCCGAGGCUGUUUAGCUUCUAUUCGUGUUUUGUUUAAUGAGGAGAAGUGGUGACCAACCUGAUUAGUGAAGGAAGGUGGAGAGGUCCUGUAACCAUUUUUUUCUGGGCUCAUUUUUAGAGACCAGCAGUAUUACAAACAAUGACCAUCAAACCGAAAAAGAAGGUUGCUAAAGAAAAAAAUGACACAGAAACAGCUGAUUCUCAUACAGCAGUUGGACAUGGUCAUUCAAUCAAUCAUGCACAUGGUCUUGCACAUACGCAUGGCCUUACUCACUAUCACCAUGGUACUAGCUCAGAAAAUAGACUUGAAAAGACGCCUCGAGUAAGAACUUCUCCAACUCGAUGGCUACCCUCAACAUCAAGUCGUGAUGACCUGUCACAUUCUCAUCCUGUAUUGACCCAAACUCUUUCUGCAAAUGUCUCAUAUGAGUUUGAUGGACAUGAUGCACCAUCAAACCACAAGAGGAGGCACCGCUCAUCUCCUCAUAGAACAGUACGUAAACAUCGCAACAACCAUGCUUCUUCUGUGAUCCCAGCCGCAACUAAUGUUUCAAAUAACACAAAUAAUAUACCAAUUUUAGCUGGAAAUGUUGAAGACUGUGAUGAAGACUAUAACAGUGAGGAAGAACAUAAUCCACCACCUCCUGCUCCUGAAAAUAUCAAUGAGCUAGAACAAUGGUUUGAAAAAGCUUUGAAAGAAAAGAAGGGGUUUAUCAUUAAAAAAAUGGGUGAGGAUGGAGCUUGCCUAUUUAGGGCAGUUGCUGAUCAAGUUUAUGGGGACCAGGAAAUGCACAGCACUGUUAGGAAACAUUGUCUUGAUUAUAUGUCAAAGAAUGCAGACUUUUACUCUCAGUAUGUCACUGAAGAUUUUACUACAUAUAUCAACCGCAAGAGAAUGGAUUCGUGUCAUGGUAAUCACCUUGAGAUUCAGGCAAUUACUGAGCUAUUUAAUAGACCAGUUGAAGUAUAUCAGUAUAGUCUAGAUCCAAUGAACACGUUUGACACAGCUUAUAAAACAGACAACCCUCCCAUUCGCCUCAGCUACCAUGGUAAUGUUCACUACAACUCUAUAGUAGACCCUUAUUCAGCUUCUAUAGGUGUUGGAUUGGGAUUGCCUGGACUUCAGCCAGGGUUGGCAGAGCGAAAUCUGAUGCAUGAUGCAAUAAAAAGUUCUGAGAAUUUCCACAUAGAGCAGACUAUGUUGGAGGAUAAAUUGAGAGAAACAGAUUGGGAAGUAACACAGGACUCUAUAGAGGAACAAGUAGCUAGAGAAUCUUACCUUCAGUGGCUGAGAGAGCAGGAAAAAGCUUCACGCAGAACAAAGGGAACAUCUACUAGAACAGCCAGUGCAACAUGCAGCUCAACAAGUGAUGUCACUCAUAACAGUUGUGUUGAUGCUGGACCCAUGAGAUCUCCCAGACAGUUACGUAGUGGAAACAGUAGCCCUCAACAGGCUGAUGACCAGUUUAUUUCUUUGCCUGGGUCUUCUAAAUCCCCACGUCAAAGUCCACCUCAAAGUUCAAGCAAUGACACAGGUCUGGCAGAAGGAGGAGCAAGCGUUAAUUCUUCCACAAUCAUGGACCAUUUGCCACCAACAUUAUUUGGUCUAUCAGACUGGGGUGAGGAGGACAUACUGGCCCAAGUCAUUGCCCAGUCCCAGCAGGAAUAUUUAGACACAUUGAAGAAGAGAGUUAGUGGCCCCUCCAGCCGCCCCUCCACCUCCUCCGAUGGAGCCUGUUGCAGCGGUGCCUCUACUAGCUACAGAGGAGCCAAAAGCUAACAUCUAGUCUCUGUCUAGCUGUGAAUAAAAUCAUUUCUACAAGUAGUUGAUUUGUCCUCCUGUUAUUUGUUGAACAGGUUCCUCCUCACACAAAAACUUUGGUUUGGAGUCGUUUGCUUUCCUCAGUUUUUUAACUUUUGUUGCCGUUAGUUUUAAAUCAAAAUUAUUAUACUGAUGUAUCUUCCAUUGUUGGUUUUCAAAAUGCGAUAUUUGUAAAGUUUUUUUAGCCAGGUAUCUCUUUAUAGUCACAAGAAUGUAUUGUUUAUAAGUGCUUCAUAUCUUGUUAUUUAUUUCCCCUAUUACUAACUGUUGGUUAUAUUCCAUAAUACAUAAGCAUAACUGUAAUAUAUCCUACAACUAACGAUGUAUGCAGUAGACAAUAUUAUGCAGAAUUGUUUGUUAGUUGUCUUUUUUCUGUAAGAUGCAUUGUUUUCCUGAGUGUGGGCUUGCUUUUACCCUCUUCUCGGAACUGUGAAAGAGAUGUAGGCAUUGCACAACACAGAAUUCAUUUCUAGUUUGUAACUAUGGAGUUGGUGCAGUAGGCUUUCAAAACUGUUGCCACUGUUAUCAAAUUUAGAAUUUAAAAAAUUGGGUAACUGUAUUGCUCUUGUGUAUUUUUGUGUGUAUUUUUUAGCAUGCCCUGAAUUUCACUGAAGAAAAUGUUCUUUUUCCACAUUGACUAGUUUACAUUUAUUAAUCCAAAAACUAAUAUUUUUUUUUAUAAAACCUUUGGCAUUAUUAUGUUUUAAACAUUUCUUUUUAUUUCUUUUUUUUUUCCAAAUGCACGCAGCAUUUUGUUUUACUCAACAAGUUUCAUUUCCAAACUGCAAGAUUGUAUUAACACGUUAGAUGCUGAAAUUGCUAUAGUUUAAUUUCAAUUUUGGAUCUACUUUGAGAAAAACUUCAAAGCUUUUUCUUUUAUUUAAUUUAUUUUAUUAUUUAAUGAUUUAUGAAUAUUUUGUACCUAUACUUAGUAAGAAAUAUUAUUGACUAUGUGAUUUUAUUAUGCUUAAAACAAGUUUAAAAGGGUGGCUUUUUCCACUGACACAUCAAUAAA